CUCGUGCAGAAGGUGUCUCGCAGCCUGGCGGCGCGGCCGAGCGGCCGGCCCGGAGCAGCUGAGGCGGCCGAGGAGCCUGAUGCAGUGGUGAGAAGGCAGGAAGCUUUGGCAGCAGCUCGCCUCAGGAUGCAAGAGGAAUUGAAUGCACAAGCAGAAAGAUACAAGGAAAAGCAAAGACAGCUGGAGGAGGAGAGGCGAAGGCAGAAGAUCGCGAUGUGGGAGAGUAUGCAAGAAGGAAAAAGCUACAAAGGAAACCUGAAACUGAAUCAGCAAGAAGUAGAAUCUGGUGCCUCUGCCUCAGCAGUCCCAAAAUCUAAACCAAACAAAAAGCCUUUGAGAGGAGGUGGUGAGUAUGGAAUCCUUCACACACUCUGAGCAUGGAACAGGUCA